GUAAGACAAAAUAUACGUUAAAAUACAUCCUCUGAAAAGCACAAGUGGACUAUGGAAUGAAGGAAAUAUGCACUUUAAUUCUAAUGCUCUUUAAUUUUAUUAAGACAGAUGGGCAGAAUGAAUCGGGCCUUCAAUCCAACCAUGAUAAGACCCAAUCUCCCCCUGAGAAGACCUGCGACAGGACCAGGUUCAUUUACACCCAGAGGCCCAGCUCCUGCAGUUCAUGAACUCGCUCAAGAGCAGCUUCUGGCAAGUGAUGUUCUAGAGGGUCCUAAAGAUGCAGUCAGAAAAGAGAACAACUUUGGAGACUUUUUGACUCUUCCACAGACAGUAGAGAUGAUGGUGGGCCCACUAGUGAAGUUGUGCAACUACUGCAGUCAUCAGGGUAACUUCAGGUGCACCCGUUGUAAAAAGACCUGCUACUGUUCUGUAGCUUGUCAGACAGAGGACUGGAAAGCUCAUCGACAUGUUUGCAAACCUAGCAAUUCAGAAGUCACCAGUGAAAAAGCAAAGGAAUCCAAAGCUGAUCCUUGUGGAAAUGGUGUACUUCAAGCCAAGGAAAUCUGUAUUGAAGUACAGCCAAAGAGAAUGUAUCAACGUGAUUUACGCCAGAACAAUCUUUCCAAAGGAGCUGAGAUACAGGGUACAGUGAUUGAACUGAGGAACCCUGGGAAGUUCUUCAUCCACCUCCAGUCAGUGGAGAUGAUGGAGUCAUUGAAAAACAUCAGCAGAGAGCUCCAGGAGACUUAUGGCACUUCAUAUGCUGCCGAGUACAAGCCUGAAAUUGGGGAACUCUGUGCUGUUAAAUUUUCUCUUGAUCGGAACUGGUAUCGAGCUGAGGUUCAGUCGGUUGAUGUGGCCUGCAAAAGUGCUAGUGUAUUUUACAUCGACUUUGGAAAUGAGGAGAACGUUUCACUUGAUUACACAAUGCCUCUUUCUGCCAAGAUUGAUGCUGCACCACCCUUUGCUUUGCAGUGCUCUGUUGCCAGGUUAACGCCUCUGACAGGAAGUUGGACGGGCGAAUGCACUAUUGCUGUUAAACGGUUACUUGUUGGAAAGAGCAUCACUUUCACAGUGGUGGACAUCAUGAAUGAUGGAGCUCUGCUUGCAGUAGAUGUUGCUCUUAGCACGAUUGGUAAACACCUGAGCACUUUCCUUAUAGACCAAGGCUAUGCCAUUAAAGAGGAUACUCCUCCUGUCAAACCACAGACCGAACAUGACAUCAAUUCUCUGCUGACAGCAUCUUUUGAGAACUUUAAGCGUUUGUCUGGAGGAAAGAAUGAAAACUCUGAAGCCAGGCCUCCAGAACCGUUGACUCAGGGAGUGGGUGACACAUUCACAGCCGUCGUCACUCACCUUCAAUCCCCCUCAGAAAUCCUCUGUCAGAAGCUAGAAAAUGCCAGUGUGAUCCAGCAGUUGCAGGUAAACUUGAGGGAGCACUGCUUGAACACUUCAGUCAGUGAGAACUUUAGACCUGCUCCAGGAACGGUCUGCUGCUCUCUUUUUUCUGAGGACAACCAGUGGUACAGGGCUAAAGUGCUGGCAUAUUCCUCUGAGGACCGCUUGUGUGUGGGUUACGUAGACUUUGGCAACUCAGAGGAGGUUGAGUUAAAUCUUCUGCGCCCCAUCAGCAUGGAGCUGUUAGCUUUGCCAACUCAAGUAAUACCCUGUUCUCUAGCAGGUAUCAAGCCUUCCACAUCCACCUGGUCAGAGGAUGCCACAUUGAUGGUGAAAAGUUUAGUCUGCAACCGCUUCAUUCGGGUGGAGAUUCUGGGUAAGAAGGACGGUAAGGCUCUGGUGUCCAUGAUCGACGAGUCCAGUGACCCUCAGACUAACGUCACUGAACUGUUGUUAGCAAUGGGUUAUGCUGCCACAGAAAGUAUUGAGCUCGAGAACAAGGAUCCAGCUCAAGAAUCCAUCCCAGGAAUGCCCUCUCUCUGCGGCCCUGCUAUUGAGAAGAUGGAGUGGACUUGUGCUGAGCUUCCCUCUAAUGGCCAGAAGGUGGAGCUGGUUAUCAGUACACUGAAAAGCCUUGAUGAAUUUUACUGUUACAACUACAGUGCUGCAGAUGAACAAAGCCUGACAGAGUUGUCCUAUGAGUUGAUGAAGCAUUGUGAGUCAGAGAAAGCUCCCUUCACCCCCACAGUGGGAGAACCCUGUUGUGCUCUUUUCACAGGGGAUGGCCAGUGGUACAGGGCAAUGGUACUAGAAGUGUGUGUAGAGAGAAAGGCCAGAGUUUAUUUUGUGGACUAUGGCAACUCCUGUGAGGUGGAGGCAGCAAAUCUAAAGGCCAUCUCCCCCAGCCAGCUUAAACUGCCUUUCCAGGCAAUACGCUGCUGGCUUGAAGGUGUGGAACCAGUUGAGGGUCAGAUGAAUAAAGAGGCAGUACGUAGGUUUCAGGCUCUGUGUGCCAGUCAGCCGUUGAGUGGCAAAGUGCUUUCCAUCACAGAAAAGGGUUAUGGGGUAGAGUUGGAGAGUAGUGGAAAAAGCAUUGCUGCUGUGCUCAUUUCUGAGAAACUGUCCAGACCUUACGGACUGGUGAAACAACCUCCACCAAAGCAAGCUGAGCCCACCAGUCAGAUUGAGGCUCUGCCUACACUCAAACCCAAUGAUCGGAAUCCACCUGCUGUAGAGCUAGCUAAAGUAAACAACAAGGAAGCUGCAGAUACCCCAGCAGUGGGAACCACAUCAAGUUCUACAUGUUCGGAACGACAUAAGGCUCCCACCUCAUGCUGUUGUCUUGAGCUGAAGCAAAAGAUUGACCAUAUUGAGGAAUUGGUCAUCCUCCUCAUGAAGGAUGUCGGUGGAACCAAACAGUAA